UGUUAUAAUCCUAACAAUGACUGCGUGUUUGUGGAUUCUCUUAGUUUUAACAUUAUCAUCAAAGUUUUGUGAUGCGGCUUUUCGAUAUGAAAACCGAACUCUAACAUGUCACGUGGAAAAUGGAGUUGACACGUGUUUCCUGACAGCUCCGGAUACAAAAUUGCAAAACCUCGACUUGAAUAUUAAUAGCCUGUGCCGUAGGGAGCCAACUGAUGAAAAUAGUGGGAAUAAGAAGCGCAUUGUGUGCCCAAUAAGAUGUCCGAAGGACUAUGAGGUUCACGUGCUCAACAAAAUCCCGUCAUCAAACAGAAAAUGCACCAAGUACUACACCUACGGGAAAUUCCACGACGAACACGAGUGGUUUAUUUGGAUGCUCGAGCCAUGUAUUUCAACGAUUUCCACCCACUGCCGGUUUCCCGAUGCAGUUGUGAAGUUUUGAAUUCGUCGUAUUUGCUCUAACAGUCCUAACAAAAUACGAAAUACAACUACAUAUUGAAAAACGGCUUGACAAUAUAUUAAAAAAAGCUAUGGUGCAUUCAAGUCGUCGAAGUUAUCGCCACUGAAUUUUGUUUUCUCCUGAUCUUCAAUCCUUGAAACGUUGAGUUUAUCCAUUGGCGAUGGAAAACCUCAAGUAAAUGCUUCAAAAACGUUUCCUUCCUGGGAUUUCCCGAGAGUUUGCAUGCAACAUUGAAAGACCGAAAUUUGAGCGAAUAAGUUUCAGACCUCAAAUCAUAAUUAAUACAAAUGCAACCUCUAUGGUUUGGUAGAAAUAAUGUACAUUCUUCGUCCCCAAUUAAAUUCACACAGUGCAGUUUAAUAUUCAGUGAUUUCACUUGAUUUUUAGCGAAUUUUGAGGUGAAUGAGAAACUAAUUCAGAAAUUUCAAGAAUGUUAUAGUUAGAGAAUACGUUUAAACUUACAAAUGAAUAAU